AUGGCUCAACAUAAUCCACCGUUCCGUGCUGAGCACCUUGGGUCCCUGCUCCGUCCAUCGGACUUGCUCCAAACUCGUUCUGCGUAUGAAGAUGGAAAUCUGUCUCCAGCAGAAUUGAAGAAAGCAGAAGAUGUAGCUGUCAAAACCGCUGUAGAUCUACAGACUAAACUUGGUUUCCGUGCUUUAGGUGACGGAGAAUAUAGACGAGGAGUAUUCUGGGGAUCUUUCUUUCAGGAAUUAGAAGGAAUGACAGAAGUACAAAAUCCACCUCUUGAUAUAUUCAGAACAUACGUUCCGGAUAUCGCUGGAUUCUUGGAAAAAGGUGAUAGACCAGGUCAAAGUUGUUUGUGUACAGGAAAAAUCAAGCAUAAGGGAAAAAGUACUUUGAUUGAUGAGUGGACUUUUGUUAAGAAUUCAGUUCCAGCUGAGAGAGCGGGAGAUACCAAACUCACUCUGAUCUCACCUGUUUGGUAUCAUCUUCGAUAUCGAGAAGGCAAAGCGUAUACCAGCGACGUCUACGCUAACGAUGAAGAAUACUUCGCCGAUAUCGCUAAAGCUUACAGAACUGAGCUAGAUAUCCUAUAUGAAGCCGGAGUGAGAAAUGUUCAGAUAGAUGAUCCAAAUUUCGCUUAUUUCUGUUCGGAAAAGAUGAUUCAAGGUUGGAAAGCUGAUUCUACCAACAAACGAACUCUUGAUGAAUUACUCGAUCUUUACAUCAAGUGUUACAACGACUGUCUUUCUCAACACAAGGAUAAGAUGCAUUUCGGUCUACACAUUUGUCGAGGUAACUUCCGAGGCUCGCGUCAUUUCUCAGAAGGGGGAUACGACCUCAUUGCCACCAAACUUUUCCGUGAACUUGACGUAUCAACAUAUUAUCUAGAAUACGAUACUCCUCGUGCGGGAUCAUUUGAACCUCUCGCACAGCUUCCUGUCCAUAAGAGCGUUAUUCUAGGUGUCAUUACAUCCAAAUUCCCGGAGUUGGAAGACAAAUCAGCCAUGAAAGAAAGGAUUUUCGCUGCGGCCGACGUUAUGGCUAAAGGAUCUGGUCAAACUCGACAAGAAGCUCUAGAAAGGAUUGGAAUAAGCCCACAAUGUGGCUUCGCAUCACACGAGGAGGGUAAUAGUAUUACCUGGGAAGAUAUGGAGAACAAACUGAGACUUGUUCGAGAGAUAGCGGAUGAUAUCUGGCCUGGACAACCAUGA